ACGGGAGUAGUUCUAAUUCUAAUAAACUUUACGACGCUAAGCUAAUUACAAAAGGUUCUGAUAUAGGACAGGACUUCGGGAUAUCGAAAAGGAUGUCGAAAUGAGCAAAAAAUUAUAUUUGUGAUAAAACUGCCAAACUCCUUUUUUGGCUAAGUGUGAUCGUCAAUUAAAUCGGGAUCAUAAUUGAAUUAUUUGAAAAUAUUUCAAAAAUUAAAUAAAACAGCAGACAAUUAUUGCAAAAAACAUAAAAACUAAAUAUUUUAAUAAAGGUUAUCAAAAAAUCAAAGCAAAAAACGGAUAAAAAAACUGUUUUAUAUAUUGAAGAAAUUCAAUCCAAAGGACAUAAGUUUGUUUGUAGUAUUAUGUACUAAAAUCAAACUCAUUAACUAAAAUAGGGAAUUCUUAUAAUUCCCUUAUGACCGGAGUUUUAAUUGUUGGUGAAUGUAAAAAUGAUAUUCAAGAUCAGUGUAUUUGUUGGUGAAAACUUCGGGCAACAGUGACUAAUGAAAUUAAGAAGAUUUAAACAAGGAAAUACUAUUAUUAGGCGAAAAUUAGUUCUGAAACCUUUUCCGCAUCGAUUAUCUGCGACUUAAAACAAUUUUCUACAUGCACUAUUAAUGGAAACAGAUCUCUCCUUAAGCACUUGAUUGGCCAAUUUCGCUUGCUUAAAUUAAUUCUGUCAAUUUCAUAGUGCAUGUUGCCAAUUGCUGUGAUCGAAGCAAAGUAAUAGGAGGGCAACAUGCUUAGAAGCUAUAAUGUGAAGUACUUGUGUGGCACUUUGAUCAGUCUAUAUUUUUAUUGUGAUAUUGUUUCAUGCGGCUUGAUAAAGGUCGACAAAAACAUUUUGGAGGAUGCCAAUCUAAUCACUCCGGAUCUAAUCAAGAAGUAUGGCUAUCCGGCGGAAACCCACAAGAUUCAAGCCAAGGAUGGCUUUGUCCUUACGGCUCAUCGUAUUCCAAGGCCCGGUGGUCAACCCGUGUUGAUGGUGCACGGUCUUCUGGACAGUUCCGUGACAUAUGUGAUCUUGGGACCGGAAAAGUCCCUGGGCUACCUGCUCAGCGAUCUGGGAUACGAUAUAUGGCUGCUAAAUACCCGAGGUAAUCGGUAUUCGCGCAAGCACAAGCGCUUCCACCGAUACCAACCGCAGUUCUGGGACUUCUCCUUCCACGAACUCGGGAUGUACGAUCUCCCGGCAGCCAUUGAUUAUGUCCUGGCGAGGAGCAAGGGCUUUGAACAGGUCCACUACGUCGGCCAUUCGCAGGGCACCACCUCCUUUUUUGUGAUGGGCAGUGAGCGACCCGCUUACAUGAAGAAAAUAAAGUUGAUGCAGGCUCUCGCUCCGGUGGCCUAUUGGGACUAUAUCGACUCACCCAUUCUCCUGACUUUCGUGAAGUACAUGAGACCCUUGGCUUUUCUUGCCAGAUCAUUGGGGCUUUACGAAUUUCCGGCAGAGAACGAAGUGUGGCGGCGACUCGUCCACCAAAUCUGCAGCUUCGCUUUCCAGAACACCUGCAACUAUUUCGUCCAGGAACUAAUGGGUGUGGAUAACCAACAGUUUAAUCUAAGCCUUGUGCCGCUUAUCACGGGACACGCAUCCUCGGGUUCGUCACUUAAAUCGGUGGAGCACUAUGGCCAACAGAUUCACAGCGGGGGAUUCUUCAAGUACGAUUACUACGACGCCUGGGAGAAUCGAAGAAGAUACGGUGCCGACACUCCUCCACAGUACAAAGUGGCCAACGUUGACUGCAAAGUGGCACUGUACUACAGUAAAAACGAUCGCCUAACCUCCGACAAAGAUGUGGAACGUUUAAGGGACAAUCUGCCAAAUGUGGUGCACGAUUACCUGAUUCCAAAUCCCCGGUUUAACCACAUCGACUUUAUAUGGGGAAGCGAUGUGAAAACCAUGCUCUACGAUCGAAUGCUGGAAAUAAUGCGGCAAGUGGAUAGUGGCGAAUUGUAGGUUUACUACCAAAUAACAUUAUAGUGUGUCAAAAAAGGAAACCAAAUUUAUUUUUAAAAAUGCCUGGAGCAGACACUUUAAUUUGUGAGGAAUAUAUACUAUUAAUUUUAAUUAAAUUUAUAAAAUGUUCGGUUAAAGUUAUCCUAUCAAUGUAUUUUGUACUUACCUUCUCAGUUAACUUCUAACUGAAAAUGUACGUUAUACAAAUCUUACAAAAAAUCUGAACUAAAUUGCGGAUUAAGCUUAUAGAAUACAAUAGAACAAAAAUUUUUUUUUUUGCUAGCUCAAUUUAAAGUAGCUAAACAUAAAUCGAAAUUUAGGCAACUAUAAUAAAUACAACAUACCAAAUACAACGUAAAUAAUGUUUAAUAUACCUAUCCAUACAGGUUCAAUAACUAUUAUUAUAUAUAUUUCUAGUAUAUAAGAAUAUCGAAUUUUAUUUGCUUGCUUUAUUCCAGGACAUGGUUUGUUGUUAUACUUACAUUCCACAAUGUUAGUUAAUUUUAAUUACACUAGCACUAAAUUAAUGGAAUAACUGUAAGUUGUCUAAGAUCUUACCAAAGGUGGUGGACAAAUACUUGGUGCCAAAUAAAAACUUCAACCAUUUGGACCUGA